CGCAGUACAGCGUAGAGCGUAAAUGGUGAAUUUCAGAGAAUUGCGCAUCACAUUCCUCUCUUGAUAUCUCGCCCCAGGACGUCAGGGGGAGAGGAAUCGCAGAAAAUCUUCCUCGAUGGAGUGACUAAUCCUUUCUAAUUAUAGCUAAAUAAUCAGGCAUUUGCCUAAUCGCACAAACACACCACCAAGAACCAUGUGGGCGCUGCCAUUGAGCCAGAACACCGACUCCUCAUGAACAUACACAACACUUCUGGCAAAUAACGAUAAGAGGGCUGCUAAUCAACCUUCCAAGAUGGAGUGCAAAGUUUGCCUGGAAGUAUAUGAUGAAUCACAGAGAAGGCCACAUAAUCUCCCAUGUGGCCAUAGUUUUUGUACGGUAUGCAUUGAUGACAUGUUAAAGAACAGCUCUCUUACCUGCCCUAGAUGCCGUGCCAAACAUGUAGCAUCAGACAAAAGUCACUUCCCAGUUGCAUAUGACCUUGAGGAAGUGUUAAGUAAAAGAGAGACAACAGCAGCUGCAGCAGGAAGGAUGCCUCUUAGUCGAAAGAAAGACAUCAGCAGCAAAAUAAACAUUCUGAGAGAUGAACAAAUGGCUACCAUUAAUAAUAUUUCAAUAGGGUUUCAGGAGAAACUAUCUCAACUAGAUAAAUAUAAAACUAAACUAAUUGAUUGGGGAAUAGAACAUGACGACUUGAUUCGGAAGAUACAAACAGAUUUAAUUGAGCAGAAUGAGGAGCUGCGUGACAGCUUGAAAGAAGAACAUGGUCUUGUAGCCGAAGUACUAGAAGCAGGAGAAACACAAGAGCAACAGCUGAAGUUUGCCAGAGAAUCACUCUUCACAGCCAAAACUGCGCAGGAUGUUUUUGUGGCCAUUAACGAUGCAGAGAUUGUCCAGUCAGAAGCAGAGAGUUGGAUUGAGAAAUGUGAUGAACUCUUCCAAGAUGCUAAUCCUGUGCACAGGUCUAUCAAAGUUCGUGCAGCUACAAGAAAGGCACUGAGGAUGGUGAGACAUGAGACAAAUUUAGAGCCUGCAAUUACUCUGAGAGAUGUCGAUGCAAUGUCAGCAAGUAGUCGUGGAAUGACGCCAGUCACCAUUCCCGGUGUGCACAAUGCUUGUCCCCAUGAUAUACUAAUAGGAGGAGCCUUUCCACUAACGGCUCAGAUGCUCCAACAGGUAGAUGAUGAUGUGAGAAGCCUACUACAAGCAGGAAAGGUGUUUGCUGUAAUGCAAGAACAAGGCCGGAUAAGGUCUGCCCGUAUAACCCUCCAACAUGACAGGGUUUACCUACAUCACCUAAGGAAGCAGAACCCACCGGUAUAUGCGCAGACACUUCAGUAUGCUGACAUAGAAGAGCAGUUAAACACCUCAUCGCCUACUGCAUUCCUGGAUCUGGCUUGGCAUGGGUCACCUCCUCAACGAAUCCAUAUCCAGCUAAGUCCAAAUCAACGAGCACUGCAAUUUAGCCUACUGUGUACAGGAAAGAAUGGUCCAAGUUAUGCUUACACACAGCUGAUAGAAGUGUAUCGCAAGGGUGAGCCUGGAGAACGUAUCUCAGGGGGAGAUUAUGAUGGCGAAGGUGGGGAGGCCAUUAUCCAGGGACUUCCUUGGGGAGGCAUAUAUAGUCGCCCUGCCUCUUCAGGGGCUGUUUUUAGCUGGAGUGAUGACAGUAUUGGUGGUCGAUUUGGCAUUUUGACCAGAGCAAAUGCUGGAUGUUACAAUGGUGUGUUUGGUCAGGUGGUGAGUGGACUUGAUGUCCUGAGGUCAGUGGUUGAGUUGCCUGAUAUUUCACGUGUUACUGUGAUAGACUGUGGAAUUGUCCUCUCACAGUAGUUUUUAAACAUUAACAUAAUUAAUCUGAAUGGUGCUGUGUAUUUAUUAUGAUCUUAAUUAGUUUUUAAAUUUGACAGAAGUCAACUAAGGAAGCUGCUUCUCUAUUCUUCCUAUUUUUAAAGAUAAGUGUUUAGUAGUGCAAUACAGGAACCAUUACAGUAGCUGUCUCAUGCAUUCCUGUAUGAUAUAUAUAUUGCAAAAGUCUUUAGUCUUCUGCAUUCCUCACUGUUAUUUGCGUUUUCCAACAAAAUCUUUGAAUAUCUAUGCAUAAAGAUUGAAACCUGUUUCAUGAAAGUGGCCCCUUUUCUUUCAUAGAUGUUUAAUCUUGUGGGGUAUAGUUAUCUAGUUUUAACAAUUUUAUGCUUCUUUUGGAAGUGGGUCCUUUUCCUUCAUAGAUGUCUUUUAUAUAUGUGAUGUAACGAACCAUUUUUUUUUUUACAUUUUUUAAUGUUUCUUUUAGAUAUUUUUGGAUGUUUAGCUGGUAGAUAAGUACAAUGUAUGUUCCAAGCACAAGCAUUUAUUUAGUAUAGAACACAGUGGUGGUCUCAAGGUUGAGUGGGCUAACUGUGUAACAAGAGGGUACUAAACUAUUUGGUUUAGGGAAAACAGUAACAAACCAUAGUGGGGAUUUUUUUUUUAAGAUUCUCUUGUCAUUUUUCAAGCAUUCCAAACAAUUACUUGCACUCUCUCUC